AUGCGCAUUCUCGAACACUUCUUCCCUGGUCAUGAGCUUAACCUACAGUCCCUCAGAACCAUUGCUAAAGCGAUCAAGGACGGUACCUUUAAUGCAGAGCCCGUCCAGCAUACCGAAGGCCUCUUCAGUAGUGAUCAGGCAUCCCCUGAAGAUGCAGAGAGCGUUGAAGAUGGUGAAGAACAAGACGUGAACGAAUUGCAUGAGCCAUUGGGCUGCAUGCUAAAAGAUUCAAGAGGGAAAUUUCGUUACGUCGGCGCUCAUAGUGAAAUCCCCUUCAACGCGGCUGUCGCUACCUUGGGCAUGCAAAGAAAAGACCCUUCUAUUAUUCCCGGGCCCAAAGUAGGGUCAUAUCCGCCGAACCUACCAGUUGCCUCGCCUUCUACAGACUCCGGCGCAGAAGAGAGCUACUACCUACCUGGUCGGGAAUUGUGUGAUAUCUAUAUUUCUCGAUUUUUAGAGGAUGUCCAUUGCACGUACUGGCUGUAUCCUGUCGAAGGUCUGCUGCGACGGGUGGAUAGCACAUACUCGGAGUCAGCACCACGCUCGUCCAGCUCCUGGAUGUGCUGCCUUUAUACCAUGUUCGCGAUUGGUGCAGCCAACUACGUAGGCAGCAACGGCAACUCUCCCCCACCAGACUGGCCAGCUGCGUUGGACCUGAAGACUUCAGAGGACUAUAUUACACUUGCAAAGCAACUUAUACCCACAGUCUAUGACGAGGCCGAUAUUGAUAGCAUACGUGCGAUGGCCAUGAUGAGUAUCGCCAUGGAGAACCUUUGCUCCAGAGUCAGUUCCUACCUCUACAUGGGUGCUAGCGUUCAGAUGGCGUUCUCCUUGGGUUUACAUCGCGACCAGUUGGCUGAGUCUGGAAACGCAAUGGAGCGAGAACAAGAUCGCAGGAUUUGGUGGACAUUAUUUCAGCUUGAUCAGGAUAUAUCAUCGCGAGGUGGUAGUCCUACGGUCGUUGAUGAACGCUUCACAAAGGUCACCACGCCUAUGCCUUCUGAGCAGAUCUUGUAUCCCGGACUACAUACGCCACUAUCCUGGAUGGCAACAUCAGUAUCCCUCUGUCGAUUGAAGCGCGAGAUUAUACAAUCAGUCUACAUGGAACGCUCGGCAAACUCUAUAUCCUUCUCAACCGUGUCCAACUCCCUUUUACUGCUGCAAAAGUGGUAUCGCCAGAUGCCGCCGCAUCUCAAGCACGACGUACCUUCACCUCCAACGCACAGACGCGCGGUAGCAGUUUUACACCUAUAUUACUGGAGUACCACGAUAUUGCUUACACGGCCAUUUCUUCUAUACCUUGUUAUAAAGCACGGGACGCUAGCUUCGAGCAAGAAAAUCUGGUUCGAGCGCAUGGGCAAGAUGUGCAUUGACGCAGCACAGAAGAGCACUGCGAUACUAGAGCAGAUGGCGAGUGAUGGUACGUUAUCGAGUCUGACGGCCUUUGAUAGUACGUGCAUCCUACGACUCAUCAUGAUCUUUAUACUCGCCUACGCGCAUACGAGAACCCCACGGUACAGCACGCAUAUCGAGAAGCUUGUCGAGCUUUCACGUGGCAUGGAACAGAUUGGCUUCACCAAGAUGGUGACAGAGGAAACACCACUGCGUCUUGCCGAGCUUGGCAUAACAGGACAAGCCCAACAGGACAAUAACAACGGCAACGGAGAUUCGGGGCCAGUACAUCUCGACGAUGAAAUGAUUGCACAAUUAUGGGGUAACUGGGACCCUAACUUUAUGACGCCGCUACAAACACAGCAAAGUCUCGACCUGAGAUUCGACGACUCCGGCGCUUACGAUAUCAACUCUGAAUUAUUGGCUUUCACAAAUCUGGACGACUCGAUUGUCAUUGACCCAUCGCAUGCAUACUCACACUAUGGCAUGCAUUGA